AUGGAUAUCGACGACAACGAUCGAGUUAUAGAUCGUCGCGACUAUGAUGGGACGUACCAUGACUCUAUGAAAGCACUAAAAUCCCAUCUUUCCAACGUUGAUUGCCAGAACAAUCAUCGACGCUGUCGCAUUAUCUCCGCACAACAUCUCACUUGUGUGAGCAUGGAGGCAUUAGGCAGUGGGCUCGCUUUAGACCCUAAUGUUUUCAGUCACCAUAUCGGGACAUCAUUCAAAGAUAUCGAAAAGAGCACAGGUAUUGAAAAGCUCUGCAAUACAAAGAUCGAGCAGAUCUCUUCAUCUGUCGGCACAUACGAGUAUGAGAGAAACCUACAAAUUGUCAAAAGCCGCCUAGGGAGACUUUCCAUCGCCAAUGUGGAGCAUGCAAAAGACCUCACGGUUCGGGGCUCGAUACUUAGGUCUAUCCACCAUCGUCAAGGUCAUCCUAUCACAUUUUCUAUUGACGUACCACGGACGAUGUAUGUGCAAGGGUACCGACCUGAAGACGAGAGAAUGCCAGCGGUUGGAACUUGA